AUGUCUGAAACCGUUCCGCAAAGGCUCAAGUUCAAACGAACUCGUGAGCAUUUACCGAUCGUCGGCAUCAGUGGACCGCAAACUGCAUCUACUCAAGCAGUUUUAGCGGAAGUUCAUUCGCUUGCUACAAACUAUGUGGCAAAUCUUAAGUUCCAUGUCUUGCCACGAGUAACCGUCGAUCUUCCAACACGAAGCAUUGACAUCCGUUCCUGGAAUGUGCCGAAGGAGAUAGUGUUAGCCGAUCCAACGUUCCACGAGUCUGCAGCUGUAGAUCUGAUCAUAGGAGCAGAAGUCUAUUUGGAGCUGAUGAUUGCAGAGCGUCAAAUGAAGCUGGGAGAUUCUGGUCCAAUUUUGCAAAAUACUCUUUUGGGCUGGAUAGUUUCUGGAGGGAUUCCGGAUGAGUCAGCUGUUUUACCAGUCGUGUCAUCGUGUGCUGCAGAGAAUAUUGAAGAAGGACUAGCACGGUUCUUUGAGCUGGAAUCGUGUCGCACCACCAGCACAUUGUCACUAGAAGAGUCGGCAUGUGAAACACACUUUGAGAGAACGACGACGAGAGACUCUUCCGGCAGAUUCGUUGUUCAGCUACCCAAGAAACAAUUUCUCGUUGACCGCUUGGGAGAUACUCAGCUAAUCGCUACUCGUCGCUUCAAGGCUUUGGAGCGCAGAUUGGAUACCGAUCCAAUCGUGAAGAAAAUGUAUUCCGAUUUCAUCAACGAAUAUCUUCGGAUGGAGCAUAUGAGUAAGAUUUCAGCACGAGACCUAAGCACAGUUCCGGUAGCAUACUUCCUACCGCACCAUGCGGUAUUAAAGCCCGAUAGCACCACGACCAAACUGCGUGUCGUGUUUGAUGCGUCGUGCGCUAGCACGUCUGGAGUUUCAUUAAAUGAAGCUCUCAUGGUGGGUCCUGUGGUUCAGGAUGACCUAACUUCCAUAACACUACGCUUCAGAUUGAGGAAGUACGCGAUGACAGCCGACAUUGAGAAGAUGUAUAGGAUGAUCAAGAUGCAUCCGAUGCAUCAUCCACUCCAAUGCAUAGUAUGGAGAGAGGACUCAACCAAGCCGAUUCGAUUGUUCGUGCUGACCACAGUCACGUACGGCACGUCUUCAGCACCGUACUUGGCCACGCGUUGCCUGAAGAAGUUGGCGGAGGAUGUGAAGAACAACUUCCCUGCCGCCACUGAUACGAUUCUCUACGAGUUCUACGUCGACGGCCUGGUUGGACCUAGUCUUGUUCCAGCCAAGGUAUUUCUCCAGGAUCUUCGGAGAACAAAGUGCUCCUGGAACGAUAUUCUACCCGAAGAGCUUCAAGUGUGGUGGAGAGGAUUCAGAGAAAGUUUGGAAGGUCUGACUUUGUUGCAAGUACCUCGUUGGAUCGCAUUCGGAAGCGAAACAUUGUCCGUCGAGCUCCACAUGUUCUGCGACGCAUCCCACAAGGCGUACGGCGCCUGCAUCUACCUCAGGUGUGUCUCGUUCGAUGGUACAGUUUCGUCAUCACUGGUUACCGCUAAAUCUCGUGUAGCUCCGCUUGAAGACCUAGAGAAGAAACGAAAACAAAUAUCGAUUCCACGAUUGGAGCUCUCGUCUUCACUAACAGGCGCACAUAUGUACGAAAAAGUCGUCCAAAGUCUCAAGAUCGCAGUUCAGCCGUAUUUUUGGACCGACUCAAUGAUCGUUAAGUGUUGGAUCGCAGCGCCUCCGUCUCGUUGGAACAUUUUCGUGGCCAACAGGGUGUCUGAAAUUCAGCACAUUACACAUGGAGGUAUCUGGAAUCACAUAGCCGUCUUGGACAACCCGGCCGAUGUUCUAUCAAGAGGAAUGGAUCCUCAUCAGCUGAAGGAUUUCCAGAUGUGGUGGCAAGGGCCACCUUGGUUACGGUUAGACAAAACCUUAUGGCCGACAUCGGCUAACAUAAAUCACGAGGACCUAGAUCCUCUGUUACUCGAGGAACGCACAACGGUAUCGGCUCCAGCGCAAGUUAUUGAACCUAGCACAAUCUUCAGCCUUCGAUCGUCAUUACAAGAUUUAGUUCGCAUCGUAUCACUCAUUCGGAGAUUUGUACACAACUGUCGAAACACUAGUGACCGCAGAGUAGGCCUAGUGCGACUUGAAGAACGAGAAGCAGCUUUAAAUCAGUUACUGAUCCUAGCUCAAAGAGAAAGUUUUCCAGAAGAACUAGUCGCGUUACGUAAGAAUGGAGAAGUAAAACCUACGUCUCGCUUAAAGCAACUAUGCCCUCGCUUGGUAAACGGAUUAAUCCUCGUCGGCGACCGGCUUCGAAACGCUAACAUUUCAGCCGGUCGAAAGCAUCCUAUAGUUCUGAAUAAUCAGCAUCCUCUUUCGAUCCUCGUUGCGGAUUACUAUCACAAGAAAGCCCUGCACGCUGGGCAACAAUUGCUCAUCGCCAGCAUGCGGGAAAGAUACUGGCCGAUUGCAGCUCGUAGCUUGGUAAGGAAAGUUAUUCAUCGGUGCGUCAAAUGCUUUCGGGCUCGACCGAAGAGUUCCGAACAACUCAUGGCAGAUUUACCAGCCGAGCGGGUCAAUACAGCUCCACCGUUCCUGCGCGUGGGAGUGGACUACUGUGGUCCGUUUUAUAUUCAGAACCCCUAUCGCAAGGGUGGUUCAAUCAAGUGUUUCGUAGCAGUAUUUGUGUGCCUUGUAGUGAAGGCCGUUCAUCUGGAGGUCGUUGGAGACCUCACAACACAAGCUUUCGUCGCGGCGCUGAGAAGAUUUGUCUCCCGGCGAGGUAGACCAGAGAUCAUUAUGUGUGACAACGCAACUAACUUUGUUGGUGCCCGACGCGAGCUAGACGAUCUUCGAAAGCUGUUCAACAACCAAAUGUUCGUAAAAGCGGUGACUGAAGAAGCUUCAUUGGAGAACAUCAACUUUAAAUUCAUCCCGGCGAAAUCCCCCAACUUCGGUGGACUUUGGGAAGCCGCCGUGAAGUCGAUGAAAGGUCAUCUUAAGCGCACUCUUGGAAACACCGUACUCGUAGCCGACGAAAUGGUUACCCUGGUGGCACAGAUUGAGGCUUGCCUCAACUCGAGACCAGUUACGCCACUCUCGAACGACGCAGACGACUUGGAUUUUCUGACACCAGGUCACUUUCUUGUGGGUAGGCCACUCACAGCAAUACCAGAACCAUCUCUGCAAGAGCUCAAUCAGUCUCGGCUCUCAAGAUGGCAGCGAGUUCAGUACUUCCUCCAAUGUAUCUGGAAUCGUUGGUCAACGCAAUAUUUGUCGAGCUUGCAUGCUCGCACGAAAUGGACCAGACAACGGAACAACAUUCUCGUCGGGACCAUGGUACUGCUACGUGAGGACAAUUUACCACCUCUCAGGUGGCGAAUGGGUCGUGUCAGUGAGAUCCACCCGGGGAAAGACGGCAACAUCCGUGUUGUCAAAGUUCGCACGAAGGACGGAGACUUCCUUCGAGCGAUUUCCAAAGUGUGUGUCCUACCAAUUUCCGACAACGACACUCCGUCCACGUUAACUUACGAGGAGGAUUAA